AUGGAGAAGGAGGAGGCCGUGAGGAAGAAGAUGGCCCAGGAGCCCCAGGCAGAGCUGGGGGUCCAUGAGUAUUUCCAGGAUGGGGAGGAGUCCCACAAGUGCUCAGAAUGUGGGAAGAGCUUCUCCCUGAGAUCCUCCCUGAUAAGCCACAUGAGAAUCCACACAGAAGAAUGUUUCUACGAGUGUGAUAAAUGCAGGAAGAGGUUUCAGAUGAAUUCCUAUCUUGCCAGGCAUCAGCAGAGUCGCAAAGGCGAGAGGCCCUACGAGUGUCCUGAGUUUGGAAAGAGCUUCACCCAGAACUCCACCCUGACUGCCCACCUGAGGACCCACACGGAGGAACGACCCUAUGAGUUUGCAGAGUGUGGGAAAAGCUCCAGGACGCGAUCUGAACUGACCAUCCACCAGAGAAACCACACUGGGGAAUGGCCUUUUGAGUGUGGGGAAUGUGGGAACAGCUACCAGAGGAGAAGCCACUUGACCCGCCACAUGGAGGUCCACACAGGUCUGGAACAGCCCUACAAAUGUGGGCAGUGUGGGAAGAGCUUCAUGUCAAAGUCCCACCUGAUUGGCCACCAGAGGAUCCACACUGGGGAGAGGCCCUAUGAGUGUGUUAAAUGCAAGAAGAGGUUUCAGACCAGCUCCUUUCUCCUCCUGCACCAGCAGCUUCACACAGAUGAGAGGCCCUUCAACUGCUGUGACUGCGGGGAGGGCUUCAAGCAGAACGCUGCUCUCAUCAGCCACUGGUGCAUCCAAGCCGGGGAGAGGCCCUAUGAGUGUUCUGAGUUGCUUGUGCAGGGGGUUCAUGCCAGGAGCCCUGAAGUCGCCCAGCGCGACGCCCUGCCCGUGCUCUGGUCCUGCCUGGGGAACAAGGCGCUGCCUGUGUGGAGCGCCAACGUCCGCACCGUGGCCACCAAGCUCGCCUCUGCUCUCUGCAAGGUGAUGGGCACCCAGCUGAAGGAAUGUGCUGCCAGCAAGCCUCCAUAU